UCCGCGCCAAUUCCUCCCCGAAGACCUCCCCACUUCGGCUGCGCGCGCGAACCCUGCUGCGUCCCGGGGUGGCUCACUGGGAAGUUGGUGGGGUCCACGCGCAGCACACGUGCGUGCAGGUCUGCAAGCGGGCUCAGCGCCGCGCGCAGGUUGUCCAUGUGCCGGACGGCCACGCCCACCGCCUCGAGCAUGCGUUGUCCGUGGUUCAGCAGCUGCACCUCGUCAGGGCGGUCGCCCAGGUGCUUGAAGUAGGCCUUGGUGCUGGGGUACACGGUGAAGAGCCUGCAGGAGCAGGGAAAAAAAAGUUUGUGUUUAUUACCUACUAGAAUGUAAGCUCAGGAAAGCAGGGAAUUGUUGUUUCAGUUUUGUUUACUGGUCUAUUCCAACUCUCCCAAGCGGUCAGGAGCCUGGAGCUGGCUCCCCUGAAGUACCUAUUGAGUGAACCAGUGGUCUUUGUGCCUCAACCCCGUGGGUGUACUGAGUGCCUUCUCCCUGAGCUGGUGGCCCUACCUGCUGGCUCCCAUCUUCACGGAGCUGACAGCACGCUUGGAGCUGCAGAGCCACUGGCACAAACAGGUACUGGUUCUUGGAACAUGAAGUGUUCCUGGGGUUACCUGGGGCCGUGGGGAAACUGAGGCCUAGAAGGAGGGGAGGUGACUGUGGUCAUAAAGUCUACUGGAGGCGGGGCCAAGGCCUCAGGGGAGAGACUCCUCAGACCCAGGCCUCUCCCUGGGCCUGUCCUCCACACUGAGGCCUAAGACUCAAUUCCUAGCAGGCAGCUCCAGGACAGCCAGGCCUAUGGGACCACACCCCACAGCCACACGCUUGGGCAGCAGUCCCUCUGCUCAGAGUCCUCCCUGGAGAAAGAGGCGUCUCCGUUGAGAUAGAGUCUCUACAGCUCCAACUAGACCCUAAGACAGGUGAGCAGCAGGGCAGGCUUGUGACGCCCCAGAAGCUCCAUUCAUUCUUCGUGGAUGACGUAUGACCACCUAUCUGGUGCCAGGCUGCCUCUAACAGCUGCAGACCCAACACGGGGCAAACAGAAACACCUGCUCUCUGCUGAGGAUGGUGUGCAGAACAGGACGAGGACAGCAGGUAAACACACCACGAGAAAGAGAAGACCUCCCCUGACACCUGAGCUGUCUCUGCAACGCCUGUGACCCUGUGGAUACAGCCACUGGCGACUUUGAUGCUCCAGUCAAAAAAGAAUGCUGUCCAAACACCGAGGAAACAGGGACUGCUUACACCACGGGAACGGCCAGACGUCCCUAAGCCUGGAUGAUGAGAGUGAGUUCUGCUUCUUUGCCAGUCACAGCACCUGUCAUCUUCUGGAUGAGAAUUAUUAAGAUGCUUGAUCGUAGGGUGGCUCCCACCUCCUGGUCCAAUCCAGAGCAAAGCCUGCUUCUUUGAGCCCAGGCUCAGCCCUCUGACUCAGACACCGGGGUUCCCCAUGGCGGGUGGUCUCCUCUGUGGCCAUGAGUUAACAGACUUGACUCUGUUUGGCUUCGGCAUGUUCCAGGCUGAACUCUGUUGGCUUCGGGCAUGUUCCAGGUGGUCUCUGGCUGGACCGCAUUGAUGUCAGAAAGGAGACAGCAGGGAAGCGUUGUAAGUGGAGAAGAGAGGGGUCACACUUUAGAUAAGGUGAUUGGGGGAGAUGUCACUGAGAUGGUGAAUUUGAGCAAGUAUUUGAAGGAGUUGGAAGAAUAAACCAUGAGAUGUUUGGGGAAGAGUGUGAGUGGUGGCGAGUACAAGGGCCCUGAGAUGGACCAGGCCUCCAUUGCCAAGAGACAAAAAGGAGGCCAGUGGCAGGGGCAGAGUGAGUGAGGAGGGCAGGAGCAGCGCUGAGGUCAGAUCUUGUACAUAAAGGACAGUAUAGGGGGACUUCCCUGGUGGCACAGUGGUUGAGGAUCUGCCUUCCAAUGCAGGGAACGCGGGUUCGAUCCCUGGUCAGGGAAUUAAAAUCCCACAUGCUGCAGGGCAACUAAGCCUGUGCGCCACAACUACUGAGCCUGUGCUCUAGGGCCUGCAUGCCACAACUAGAGAGAAGCCCACCUGUUGCAACGAAGAACCAGCGCACUGCAACAAAAGAUCCCACAUGCCGCAACUAAGACCUGACUCAGCCAAAUAAAUAAGUAAAUAAAAUAUUAAAAAAAAAUAAACAGUAUAAUGAGCCCCUGUGGUCCCUCCGCCUGGACCCAAGAAUCACUAACAUUUGCCAUGUUUGUGUUGUCAGUAUAUAUGGGGAUAUAUCUGAACCUGCUCUAGUUUUCUUCUGAACAGUAUGGACGUGUGCAGUGGCAUCACGGAUCUGUGUAAACUUCGGCAUGAGUCUCCUAGAAUGAGAUCUUCCUACAUAAAUAACCACAAGCCUGUUAUCAAUCUAAGUGAACUAGCAACUUUCCUUUGCACCAGAGUUCCCUGUUCAUCCUCCAGAUUUGUUCAGUUUGUUCAAAUUGGGAUCUGACUUGGGUUCAUACAGCGUUUACUUGUCUCUUUAUUCUCUUAUUCCAGAAGCUCUCCACUCAUACCCACCUUUUCCCCACAUCAAUGACUUUUUGAACAGUCCAGGCCCGCUGACUUAUAGAAUAUUCCACAGUUUGGAUUGCUCUGAUGGUUUCCUUGAAGUAUUAUGUAGCUGGUUCCUUUAUCCACGUGUUUCCUGUACACUAGACGUCAGAUCAAAAGGCUUGAUUAGAUCAGGUUAAAACCUAUUGGCAGUGAAAGGGCAACCCACAGAAUGGGUGAAAAUAUUUGCAAACCAUGCAUCUGAUAAAGAACUGUAAACAGAAUGCGGAAAGAACUUACAGCUCAACAACAAAAAGAUAAAGAACCCAAUGAAAAAAUGGACAAAGGACUUGAAUAGACUUUAUCCAAAAAAAUGAUAUAUAAAUAGCACAUGAGAAGAUGCUCAGCUUCAUGACGCACUUGGGAAAUGCACAUCAAAACUGCAAUGAACAGUCGGGGCGACAGACUUUCCGUCCUAGAACCAUGGCCCAGUUUGUCUGUAACCUCACGGAGAAGACCCCAGUGCUGGUCAACGCUGCUCUGACUUACUUGAAACCUCGACUGGCCACAUUUUGGCACUGUGCCAAGGCUGAGCUGGUUCCUCCAACCCCUGCUGAGAUCUCUACAGCUAUUUGGAGCUUGAAAAAAAUUACCAGUAGUGCUCAGACCGGUAGCUUCAAACAGCUCACAGUUAAGGAAGCUCUUCUAAUUGGUUUGCUGGCCACUGAGGUAUGGAUGUGGUUUUAUGUUGGCGAGAUCAUAGGCAAGCAUGGCAUCAUUGGCUAUGAUGUUUGAAGACUAAUCUUUAACAUGUCAUUAUAUUUACUUUAUCAUGUGGGUGUCCUUGGACCAUGUGUGAGCAGAUGGCUAUUUGAAUAAAAUAAGACAAUGUGUCAGAAUCAGUAUUUUCUCUGUCAAACACUAGAUGGAA